CAGGCGCGCAGUGCACAGAAGGAUUUGAAAAUGUCGGUUGCAGGUUAAAAACGAGAAGAAAUUCGUUUCCAGGAAGCUCAAGCACAGCACACCAGUUUGGUUGUCUCUGUCUAGAUAUUUAAGGAGCAAGGGAUUCAAUUGACCAUCCUUCCUGCUCAAACUGUGGGGAAGGAUUCACUUGAUCAUUUGACCAACUGGCAAGAACAUCAUUUUGCACAGGAGAAAGGCCGUUCACCUACUCAGUGGGAAUGGAUUCAUUCGGUUAUCACAAUUGAAGGUUCAUCAGGAAGUUCACACUGGGCAAGGCCAUUCACGUUCUGUGUGUCAGAAGGGAUUCUGUCGGACAUCACACCUGCGAACACACCAAUCAGUUCACAGCACACCGGGCAGAGGCAGGUCAUCUGCUGAAUUUCUGGGAAAGGAUUCACUCAGUCAUCUGACUUAAUGGCUCACCAGCAAGUUCACACCAGGGAGCGGCCGUUCACCUGCUCAGUCUGUGAGAAGAGAUUUACUCAGUUAUCCAAUCUACAGAGUCACCAGCGAGUUCACACUGGGGAGAAGCCAUUCACCUGCUCAGUCUGUGGGAAAGGAUUCACUCUGUCAUCCACCCUGCUGGUACAUCAGCGAGUUCACACUGGGGAGAAGCUGUUCACUUGCUCAGACUGUGGAAAGGGAUUCACACUGUCAUCCCGCCUACUGGUACAUCAGCAAAUUCACACUGGGGAGAAGCCAUUCACCUGCUCAGUCUGUGGAAAGAGAUUCACACAUUUAUCCCAACUACAAAGUCACCAGCGAGUUCACACUGGGGAGAAGCCGUUCACCUGCUCAGAAUGUGGGAAGAGAUUCACUGACUCUUCCACCCUACAGAGACAUCAGCGAGUUCACACUGGGGAGAAGCCAUUCACCUGCUCAGAAUGUGGGAAAGGAUUCACUCAGUCAUCCGAACUGCAGAAACACCAUCCAGUACACACUGGGGAGAAGCCGUUCAACUGCUCAGACUGUGGGAAGAGAUUCACUCACUCAUCCACCCUACAGAGACACCAGCGAGUUCACACAGAGGAGAAGCCAUUGACCUGCUCAGUCUGUGGGAAGACAUUCACUCAGUUAUCCCACCUACAUAUUCACCAGCGAGUUCACACUGGGGAGAAACCGUUCAUCUGCUCAGUCUGUGGGAAGAGAUUCACUCAGUUUUCCCUCCUACAGAGACACCAGCGAGUUCACACUGGGGAGAAGCCGUUCACAUGCUCAGUCUGUGGGAAGAGAUUCACUGACUCUUCCACCCUUCAGAGACACCAGCGAGUUCACACUGGGGAGAAGCCAUUCACAUGCUCAGUCUGUGGGAAGAGAUUCACUCAUUUAUCCACCCUACAGAGACAUCAGCGAGUUCACACUGGGGAGAAGCCAUUCACCUGCUCAGAAUGUGGGAAGAGAUACACUGACUCUUCCACCCUACAGAGUCAUCAGCGAGUUCACAUUGGGGAGAGGCCGUUCACCUGCUCAGUCUGUGGGAAAGGAUUCACUUGGUCAUCCGACUUACGGAGUCAUCACCGAGUUCACACUGGGGUGAAGCCGUUCACCUGCUCAGUCUGUGGGAAGAGAUUCACUCAGUUAUCAAACCUACAGAGUCACCAGCGAGUUCACACUGGGGAGAAGCCGUUCACCUGUUCAGAAUGUGGGAAGAGAUUCACUCUGUUAUCCCACCUACAGAGACACCUGCGAAUUCACACUGGGGAGAAGCCGUUCACCUGUUCAGAAUGUGGGAAGAGAUUCACUGACUCUUCCACCCUACAGAGACACCAGCGAAUUCACACUGGGGAGAAGCCGUUCACCUGUUCAGAAUGUGGGAAGAGAUUCACUGACUCUUCCACACUACAGAGACAUCAGCGAGUUCACACUGGGGAGAAGCCAUUCACCUGCUCAGAAUGUGGGAGAGGAUUCACUCAGUCAUCUGACCUGCAGAAACACCAUCCAGUACACACUGGGGAGAAGCCGUUCACCUGCUCAGUCUGUCGGAAGAGAUUCACUCAGUCAUCCACCCUACAGAGUCACCAACGAGUUCACACUGGGGAGAAGCCGUUCACCUGCUCAGUCUGUCGGAGGGGAUUCACUCAGUCAUACACCCUACAGAGUCACCAGCGAGUUCACACUGGGGAGAAGCCAUUCACCUGCUCAGAAUGUGGGAAGAGAUUCACUCACUCUUACAACCUACAGAGACACCAGCGAGUUCACACUGGGGAGAGGCCAUUCACCUGCUCAGAAUGUGGGAAGGGAUUCACUCAGUCAUCUCACCUACAGAGUCAUCAGCGAGUUCACACUGGGGAGAAGCCGUUCACCUGCUCAGUCUGUGGGAAGGGAUUCACUCAGUCAUUCACCCUACAGAGACAUCAGCGAGUUCACACUAGAGAGAGGCCAUUCACCUGCUGAGAAUGUGGGAAGGGAUUCACUCAGUCAUUGCACCUACUGGCACACCUGUCAGUUGACAAUGGGGAGUGGCCAUUGUAAUGAAUCCCUGGGUUUUGUUUGCUGUGGACUGUCAUUUUAAGAGGGAGAGAGAGAUUAAGAAGGUGAAUCAGUCUGACUUGCAGCUUGUUUACAUCGCUCGCAGCCUGUUUAGUUUUAACCGAGGACAAAGACACUCAGAGUCAGAAGGAGAUGAAGGAGGAAAAAUGGAAGGAUCAAAACCAGUAAACCAAUGGCCAAGGGUCACUGUUUGUAAGUUUCCUAUGCUCAUAAGGGUGGGUUAAUUAUCAGUUCACCAUACAUCGAAUGUUUUGUUGUCCCCUCAUUUGAUGCAUAGGAGUGGAUCUGAUUUGGGUUAUCCUGUGGAGACCACUUAUGUGUUAACCCUUGCCUGGUUGUGGUGUGGUCAUUCAUUUGAAGAUGAUACCCCUUAUGACAAGUCACUUUAGGUGAUAAUUCGUAUGUACAUUUGUAAAGAUGAUGGAUAAAAUCUACAGCAACUGUUCUCUCAUUUUCCCACCAUGAAACCUGUGGAAUCCGAAAGAAUUGCCUUCUCUCAACAUUUACCCUGGAAAUACAAAUAUCUCUCUCUCAUCACGUAUUCUAUGGUUGAACUGAACUUAAAUACUUUACCAUCUGAAGAACCCAAGCCCUGAGCUCAAUAGUUUGGGAGUUAUAUUUACACACAUAUAUACACAUAACACUCACGAGGAAAUAUGCAGAUGCUGGAAAUUCAAACAACACACACAAAAUGCUGAUGGAAAACUGCAGACCAGGCAGCAUCUAUAAGGAGAAGCACUGUUGACGUUUCGGGCCAAGACCCUUUGUUAGGACUAACUGAAAGGAAAGAUAGUAAGAGAUUUGAAAGUAGUUGGGGGAGGGUGAAAUGUGAAAUGAUAAGAGAAGACCUGAGAGAGUGGGAUGAAGCUAAGAGCUGGAAAGGUGAUUGGCGAAUGUGAUACAGAGCUGGAGAAGGGGAAGGAUCAUGGGACGGGAC